CAGUAGUGGGGCCCACGAGCAGGAGCCAGGCGCCACCUCUCGUCUCGACAACGGCGGCGGCGUGCGCGCGAGGUGCUCGGUGAAAUGCCCGCGCGAUCCCGGGGCUCUCGGAUACGACGCCACACUCCCAAUGCUUGCCGCCCGCGGCUUCCGUCGUGUCGCGGCGGCGGUAUGCCUCGCGCGCCGCUCCGCGUCGGCGGUGGCGGCGCUCCCGUCGGCUGGCGCCGCUCGGUUCCACGACUACGACACCGCCGUCACGGAGUGCGUCGAGAGGCGGGCGCUCAGGGAGGGGCGGCAGGUGCACGCGCGCAUGGUGGCGGCGGGGUACCGCCCGGCGCUGUACCUGGCGACGCGACUGGUGAUCAUGUACGCGAGGUGCGGCGCGCUGGAGGACGCGCGGAACGUGCUCGACGGGAUGCCCGAGCGGAACGUGGUUUCAUGGACGGCCAUGAUCUCGGGGUAUUCUCAGAACGAACGGCCUGCCGAGGCCAUGGAGCUGUUCGUCAUGAUGCUCAGAGCUGGAUGCGAGCCUAAUGAAUUCACUUUGGCAUCAGUCCUUACAUCCUGUACUGGCUCUCAAGGCAUACAUCAGGUCAAGCAAGUCCAUGCUUUUGCCGUCAAAACAAAUUUUGAGUUACACAUGUUUGUAGGGAGUGCCCUUCUUGACAUGUAUGCCAAGUCAGAGAAUGUUCAAGAAGCUCGGAGGGUGUUCGAUAUGCUUCCAGCAAGGGAUGUUGUUUCAUAUACCGCCAUUAUAUCUGGCUACACCCAAUUGGGCCUUGAUGAGGAAGCCUUGGACUUGUUCAGGCAGUUGUACAAUGAGGGGAUGCAAUGCAAUGAAGUUACCUUCACUGCCCUUCUCAAUGCACUGUCUGGGCUUGCUUCCCUUGAUUAUGGCAAGCAGGUUCAUGGACUAAUACUUCGUAAAGAGUUGCCAUUUUUCAUGGUUUUACAGAAUUCUUUGAUUGAUAUGUACUCCAAAUGCGGCAAGCUUUUAUACUCACGAAGGGUAUUCAACAACAUGCCAAAGAGAUCAGUCGUUAGCUGGAAUGCGAUACUGAUGGGAUAUGGAAGGCAUGGCUUAGCACAUGAAGUUGCCCAGCUUUUUAGAUCAAUGCGUGAAGAAGUGAAGCCUGACAGUGUUACUCUGUUGGCUGUUUUGUCCGGCUAUAGUCAUGGUGGGCUGGUUGAUGAGGGCCUCGAUAUGUUUGAUCUUAUAGGCAAAGAACAGGGCACACUCCUCAAUAUUGAACAUUACGGGUGUGUUAUUGAUCUUCUUGGACGUUCUGGACGACUCCAAAAGGCACUAAAUUUGAUACAAAAGAUGCCAUUUGAACCUACUCGAGCAAUUUGGGGUUCAUUGCUUGGUGCUUGUAGAGUUCAUGUUAAUGUUCAUGUUGGCGAGUUUGUCGCUCAGAAGCUUCUUGAAAUUGAACCAGAAAAUGCUGGCAACUAUGUGAUCCUUUCUAAUAUUUAUGCUGCUUCUGGGAUGUGGAAAGAUGUUUUCAGAGUGAGGAAGUUAAUGUUUAAGAAGACUGUGAUAAAGGAACCAGGGCGGAGCUGGAUGAUUCUUGACAAGGUUAUUCACACCUUCCACUCCAGUGAGCGUUUCCACCCCAAGAAGGAAGACAUAAACGCUAAGAUUAAGGAGAUAUAUGUUGCUAUUAAGGCAGCUGGUUUUGUUCCUGAUCUGAGCUGUGUACUUCAUGAUGUUGAUGAUGAGCAGAAAGAACGCAUGCUUCUUGGCCACAGUGAGAAACUGGCCAUAACUUUUGGACUGAUGAGUACUCCUUCAGGCUUGACCAUCCGGGUUAUGAAGAAUCUUCGCAUCUGUGUUGACUGCCACAAUUUUGCAAAGUUUGUUUCAAAAGUUUAUGGAAGGGAGAUAUCCCUCAGAGACAAAAAUCGCUUUCAUAUAAUUACAGACGGAACUUGCACCUGUGGAGAUUACUGGUGAAAGAUAUGAUGCUAUACUAUUCAGAUUGCUUUGCUGAUAGGGGGGAGCUGCCCUUGUGAUAAUACUGCAGUUAAAGAUAUGCAAUGGUUUUCACUGAACACACUGAGAGGAACUAAUGGAAAAUAUCAAUAUCAUGUGCUCCACAUACUGAUUUCAGAUUACUACAGUAAUUCAGAAAAUGCUUCUUUUGCAAAAAAACGCAAUUCUCCUUAGCUCUCCUGUCUGUUCAGUCUACUCUAAGAACCAAAGUGUCUCGCGGUGCAACAGUGGAGCAAUGAACUCAAGGGAUCAAUGAGACCCCUGUAACCAGCCUGGGUUCAAAGCCGAGGUACUAUUCUUUAAGACAUAAUCAGAGUCUCCCUGGGUGAUGUGAAAGGUUUUGGAGCUUUGCAAAUUGCCAGAUAAUAUGCAUGCAGCAUAUAAUGUAACCCAUGCUUGAGGCACCUUGGCAGUGUCUCAGGCUUCACUGGUCAUGUGCUCCUUCCUCCUUGUGGACUGAGGUUCUUCAGUGGAAAACUGCAGCUGUCACAGUAAAGCGGCAAUUCAAUUAGAAAACUGCAACUGUCACAGUAGAGUGGCAAUUUAACUGUAGAAAAGUGCAGCUGUCGCAGUAAAGUGGCAAUGCAGUAAUUUCAACUGGUCGGAUUUCUCUCUGGGGAGGUAAUUUUAGGCUAUCUUCAGAUUUAGUGGUCCAACUUGUUUCAAAGUAUCUUCAGACACAAUUCAAUCAUUGGUAGCUUGCUCCCUACUAAAUCCUUAUCAUCAUGUGCGCCGCAGUAAUAUAAACGCAAAUGACACUCUUGUCAGUUCAGGUCAAAACAGAACCUAUUGAUUCAGAGUUAGGACUAUCUACAGUUGAAGCUGUUGCGCAUUCAGCUUGUGCCACUUUUCUGUUGAGACGAAACAUUAUCAUCUUCAUAAAUCGUUGGUCCUUAUGGUC